GCCAGGAAGAAGAAAGACAAAAAACCCAGUUGAAAAAUUCAAAAUGAGCUUCUGAAAUCUGAACUACCCACCCAGGGCGCUUUGAUUGCAGCUUCUAACUUUGAUUUUCUCUUUUUGAAAUCAUCCUUCCAAUACCUAAAUCUUCACUUCCCCACAGAUCAAUUUUUGUUCUUCUUUUGACUUUGAAUCUUUUUAACUUUACCCAUUUAGUUGUUUUGAUUGAUUGUUCUUACCUCUGUGUUUUUUCUUAUUACGUCUGCAUUUCCAACUUUGAGAGGGUGGGUGAUGUUUGCAGCAACACAAGGAGUAGUUGUGUUUCCUGCUUACGCCAAUUAGAAGUUAGCACAUCUCAUUCAUCUAUCACAGUCGGUAAAUCUUAGACAUGCCAAUCCUUGGAACAAGAGCGACGACGAUCUUCAUUACCACCGCUAACAACAUGGGUACCCCUUCUUCCUUCCAUGAGUUCAAGAAGCAAGCUUCUUUCUUCCUUAAAGAGAAGAUCAAGACGGCACGGUUGGCUUUGACUGAUGUUACCCCAGCACAACUUUUGACAGAAGAAGCCACGAACGAGAAUCCAUGGUCUCCUGACACAAAAACAAUGGGUUUGAUAUCGAGGGCUGCUUUCGAAAUCGAUGAUUAUUGGAGAAUUGUGGAUAUUCUGCACAAAAGGUUGUCCAGAUUUGAUAGAAAUAAUUGGAGAAUCUCCUACAAAGCUUUGAUCUUACUGGAACACCUUUUGACCCACGGACCGGGGAGUAUUGCGGAGGAGUUUGAGACUGAUAAAGAUAUUAUUCGGGAAAUGGAGAGCUUCCAAUAUAUUGAUGAGAGAGGAUUCAACUGGGGCCUCACUGUGAGGAACAAAUCCGAGAGGGUAUUAAAGCUUCUGGAAAAGGGGCCACUUCUGAAAGAAGAGAGGGAUCGAGCUCGCAAGCUAACCCGUGGCAUUGAAGGGUUUGGCAGCUUCAGCCAUCGCCCUUCCUCAACUGAAGCAACAAGCUUCAGAGACUCAUCCAUGAAAACGUAUGGGAGGAGCCAUUCAGAGUAUAACGAUCGUGGGGAUUCUGAUCAUGGGGAUUCUGAUCUGUUCUCCUUCCAUUAUUCUGAGGAAGGUCAGAGAGAGAUAAAAAAGAAGCAGAUUGACACUGGUCUUGAAGAAAGCAAGGCUCCAACAGAGGAACUUAUUCCAGAACUCCAAGAAUGGGACUCCAAACGGGAAUCAAUACCUCUUUUGGAUGAUCAGAAAGAUAAGCUUAAGGUGGGAUUUUCCAUUGAAGAAGAUCAUCCAUUCAUCAGUUCUGAACUACAGAGUUCCAGAAAUAAAAUCUUACAAGAAGGUUGAGCUGUAGCUAGAGUUUCUGAAACCAGCAAGUGGGAGAGACACCUUGUCUGCGGGUUACUUACAGUUGAUUCAUGGGUUUGAAUCAAUUGAUCAGUUUCUUUAUGUUGUGUGUUAAUGAGAAAGCAGAGAUACUGUAUGUAUUAAAGUUGUACUUUUGAUUACAAGAAGUUCAUCAGUGGAAAUUCUGUUUUGUGUGCCA